AUGGCACGAAGCCACCCCAUGCUGCGAAUGGUGAUUCUGGGAAACCAUUUCAUGGUGUUUCUCUCGUCGUUGAUCGUCAUGGCCUUGGCGUCAUACUUCAUUCACCGUGACUCCUACCGCGGCACCCACAUCAUCUUCCAGGAGGUCAUCGCUACCAUUACUCUGGCCAUCUACUUGUUCGGCAUGGUCCUGCCUCUCAUCGAUAGCUAUGGGGGCUACUUGAUGCCGCUGAACCUGAUCCUGUCGUAUCUCUGGCUCACGUCCUUCAUCUUCUCGGCCCAGGACUGGAGCCGCGGUCGGUGCUACUACACAGCGCCCUUGUUGGGGAACUGCGGGAAGAAGCAUACAAUGGAGGCAUUCAACUUCCUUGGGUUGUUCUUUCUCAUCUGCAACACUCUUGCCGAGGCGAUGCUUUGGAGGUCGCACCGGAGCGACAAUGUGCUCGUCAAGAAUGGGGCUGGUCAUCGUACCGACAACUCUGCGGCCGUGGUCUAG